AGGAAAUUCGUAGUUUAUACAAAAACGUAUAACCGAAUCGAUCGCAAAUCUUAUCAGAGAUAAGGACAGAAUUUCAGACAAUUGUGUUUACAAAAUUAGUACGACGACUCGACAACGGUUUGUACUGACGCAUUUAAAGUAAAUAAUUUCGGGGUCGAAACAAGAUGAGUGCGAUAAAGUCCUAUUUCAAACAACAAUUCCAAUUUCAAAAGUUUGGUUUAAAUUAUGAAUCGGAAACGGAUUUUUAUGUGAGUUGUUUUCAAAGGAAUAUAUCCCCUCUACCACUGCUGUGUGUAAGGGGAUUGAUAUUUUUGACCUGUAUCGGAAUUAUAUUGUCAUCUUUUAUAUUGACAACGAUUUAUGUUAGCGCAGCCACUUGGCCGAUAUACAUGACACACUGGGGCUUAGUGUUAAUAACUCUAAGCAGUGGUUUUGGAUUUGGCGUGUCAGCAACAGCUUACUUCAAAGGACCCAUCGAUUUUUCCUUUGGUCUACCUUGGUAUAUCAAAGUUUAUUGGGUAUUAUAUUCAAUAUCAAUUCCAAUAGCAUUCUUUAUCACCGUGUUUUAUUGGAUCUUUCUAGCAAAUGAGAAUGCUGAGUUCGCCGCUACAGUCGUAUUGGAUAUCUUUAUCCACGCUAUAAACAGCGUUCUUAUGCUGCUCCUGUUCAUCACGGCACGACAACCGACUAAUCUGCUUCACUUUUAUUUGCCUUUCUUCUUUGCUGUCAUAUAUGCCAUAUUCUCUGCGAUAUAUUAUGUUGCUGGAGGCACAGAUCCAUUCGGAAAUAAAUUCAUAUAUCCGGUUCUGGAUUGGGCUGAACCUGGUACCGCUAUGAUCAUGAUAGCAUUAUCCGCCAUUCUGAUACUAGUUCUUCAUUUCAUAAUUGCAAUGUUAACGAUUUGUCGAGACGCCUUUGGCCGGUUUUGUCGGCAAGACAACGAUGGUUUUAAAUUGUCUGCAUAUUAGAGAAAAUAGAUAAGUAUUAGAUCAAUUGUGUUA